GCUGCCACAGAUUUAACUUCCGCCAUACAGAAAACAAUAAACAAAUACAAAUUAUAAAAUUUUAUAAUAUUCUACAAAUAAAAAAAUGAAACCUAAUUUAGUCGCAGAUGAAAUGUUUCCAGAAGGUGCUGGUCCAUAUAUGGACUUGGAAGAGGCUGGUGGUUCAACUGGACUUUUAAUGGAUUUAGCAGCAAAUGAAAAAGCAGUACAUGCAGAAUUUUUCAAUGAUUUUGACGAUUUAUACGACGAUGAAGAUCUUCAGUAAACAAUUAAUUAGCAAAAUUUAGUGAUGUAAAUUUUUCCAAUCAUAAACGCAGUAUAACUCUUAA